UUUACAUUCAGCCCCAUUAUAUUGAUAGCCCAGUAUCGUUUGGAAACAUAUUAUGACGGAAGUAUUCAGGCCGUUUGCUUUACAUCGGCCGAUACAUUUUGGAGUUCAUUCUAUUUCAUUGGCAGCAUUACGAUUUUCUUUCUAAUACCAUUUGCGAUUUUGGUUUUGCUUUACACAGCCAUUGCCUACAAACUGUUGCGAAGACAUUCGGAAUUCCAAAGACCCACUUCGCCACAAACCCAGCCGUCGGCAUCGCCAACAGGUAACACCGCGGCCACACAACAACUUUCCACGAGACGUGCUACCACCACCAAUGUCAACAGUCAUCCUCAGAAUAAUAAUUUGCGCAAACAUCGCCAGCAGGUCAUUUUCAUGUUGGUGGCUGUAGUGGCCAGUUUCUUUGUUUGUCUGCUGCCCUUUCGAGCAUUCACUAUUUGGGUCAUUGUCAGUUCGCCAGAAGAUAUAUUCUCUCUGGGUCUGGAGGGCUACUAUAAUAUAUUAUAUUUCUGUCGCAUUAUGUUGUAUUUGAAUUCCGCUCUCAAUCCCAUCCUUUACAAUUUGAUGUCAUCGAAAUUUCGAACUGGUUUCUGGCGCCUAUUGCUGUCGUGUUGUCGCAGUCACAAACAAAAACGUGGACUAUGUAAUCGUCAUCUCACCACAUAUACAAAACGUGAAGCUAACAACAUGGCCGAUUGUCGCAGCUUGAGAUCUAGGCGUCCACUUAGAAGAGAAGCGACCUUUUUAGUUAAUUCAAUAUCGACGUCAUCGGGCACGGAACGGACAUCAAUAACAUGGCGCAGUGCUUCCACAUCCACUUCAACAACCGGAAGUAGUAGUAAACCAAUACCAGAGUCACAUUCGUUGGCGGCAGCCAUAACGGAUAUGAGUACUACAGCCGUUCUGACCACAAUGUAUUUUAAUUGAU